AUGUCCAUGAACAUGACUCCAAUACAGCUAUCCUCUUCACUUAAUUUAGCAACACUAGGGAUGUCGGUGUCGCUAUUUGGAAAUCAUCCACCUAUCGCAGCUGCUGAGUGCCAAGCUGUGACGGAGGAGGUGGACAAUACGAUGAAGGUGGGGACUUUGGAUGGCCACUUCAUAGAGGAUUUUAAGGAGGACUAUCUUGCUACUAUCAAGUCUGUGAGCAUCUUGUUGGACUCAGAGUUGACGGCGGUAGAGCUGUCAGGAGCGUUUCCGGGUGGCAACAAGAUGCAUGGUGCCUCUUCCCCCGCCUUCCCACCCCCGCACUGCUUGACUCGAUAUGAAUGGAGGUCCUCAGCAGCCGAGGAGCCCGCUGAUCGGGCCAGGCAUCUCGAUCUGUCUAUCCGGUCACUGCAUACAGGUUUGCGGAGUGGCAAGAUAGAGGAGUGUAUGAUAGUGCUACCACCGACAUCCUAUAUGGGCGGCCGGGACAAUGUUACUGUGAUCAUAAGGUGGCGACGAACAGUUGCGGCGGAUCAAGACAUCACCAAGGGUGAGCGCAUUCUAGAAGCGAUUCAGUCGAGCUCACUCGUGUCGGAGUGGAAACAGUGGCAUGAGGCUGGGAUCAGCUUCGAGAAUCUUAGCAUAUCCAAAGGUAUCAACGAGUUGAAUGAAGGCUUGGAGACGGGUGGGGACACGACACAAAAGCAACACGAUGAUGUUGAUGAAAUCACACAGGAAGCCCACGAGGACGAGCUUACCUGUGAGCUCCUCAAUGUGUUACAAAACGGUGGAGAGAAAGUUAAUGCUGACUUCGGUAGUAGAGCCAGGAAGGGUGCUCGAGCAGAGCAGCAGGAGCGUGCAGUCAGCGUUCCUGUUAUGAUCGCUAAUCAGCCAUUCGAGGGAGCCACUAUAGCGCCUUUGGAGGUUGGAAUUACUUGCAGCUCACCUGGUGAUAAUAGUAAGUUGGACCAGUCCGUGUUAUAUACAGUGCGGAUCACAGGUCCUGUAUUGCUCGAUAAGGUACUUUACCUUAUAGAGGCGUGUAGUGAGCAUAGGAGGAAGCCCUUCAAGACGACCAUCGAGUGUGAGCCUAAGUGCCACUUUGGACUGAAUGCAUUUACUCGUUCUCGCGAUCGUGGUCGGCUAUUAGAGAUCGAGUUCGAUCCCACCAAGGGAUGGUUUUUGCGAUUCGAGCCAGUCUCGACUCGUCACCCAUGA